AUGGAAGAGGAAGAAGAAAAGCCUUUUAUUGCCUUAGUCACAAAGGCAAAGAUUACUGAGAAUGCCUCCUUUAGCGAUCUUUUUGAAACAGAGAUUGGAGAUCUGUGCUUCCGAUUAACCGCUCGAUCCGCCAAGAUACAGAUAGGUUUCGAGAAGGCGUCGUCCCUUGAUCUCUUGUCGGUCGUCAUCGCCUCCCUCUCAGACGGAUAUGGGCUCGAUUCCAGCACCGGGGAUGCGUUCGUGGAGAACCGGCUGCUGAUCGCCGUCCUGAGCAUCGUCAUCGCCGUGCUUGUCGGUUGCGUGGCAAUCUUCUUCGUCUGGCGAUCGAGCGGAAGGAAGCUCGCCGAGCCGCCGAAGCCGCUAGUGGUGAAGACCCAGAUGGAUACAGAGGAGGACCAAGGGAAGAAGAAGGUCACCGUCUUCUUCGGGACGCAGACCAGGACGGCUAAGGGGUUCGCGAAGGCACUGGCUGAGGAGGCAAAAGCACGGUACCCUAAUGCCAUAUUUAAAGUCAUGGAUAUCGAUGAAUAUGCUACUGAGGAUGAUGAGUACGACGAGAACCUGAAAAAGGAGAGCUUGGCUUUGUUCUUCUUCGCUACGUAUGGAGAUGUUGAGCCUACUGAUAAUGCUGCCCGGUUCUACAAAUGGUUUAAAGAGUAUUCUUUUUGUGGGAAUUGCUUGGCUGAUAUAUUUGUGUAUUGUGUCCUUGCAAAGGUUGCUGUGGUGGUCGAUGAACUGCUUCAUGAGCAAGGCGCCAAGCACAUUGUCCAAGUGGGGUUGGGAGAUGAUGAUCAGGGUAUUGAGGAUGACUUCUCUGCAUGGAGGGAGCUUCUUUGGCCGGAGUUAGAUAAGUUACUUCAGGAUGAAAAUGAGACAGCUUGA